AUGUCAAGAACUCCGUUACUCUGGGCCGCAACCAAACGAAGCAAGGAGGCGGCUGAGUUGAUGAGGUUUCUCCUUGUUUCGGGUGCGGAUGCGAAUGCCCAGCUCAAGGUGUCUGGUCGUGGAGGGACAGGGAGAGACUCGAGUGGUGAAACGUUCAGAACUUCGGCUAUGGAAAAGGGGGCUCAGAAUAUAUCAAAAUGGUUGGACAUGUCGUGGGAUGACCUGGUGAAAAUGGCUGGAGAACAAAAAGCAGAAAUCGUGGGGUAG